UGUCAAUGCCAGUAGUUCUCCUGGUCGACAGGGAGCCAUAUGAGGUGAAUCGGUUAACCUCUGACCAAGCUUCUCUAUGGACGCAUUUGUGAUAUAUUAGGAUGUUAACUGACUGAAAAUACAGAAGAGGUAUUGUAUCUUAGGUAAUGUAGUUUAGCGGUUUAGUUAGUCAAGCAUUGGUGGCCAGCAGGGGAUGACUUUAUUGUUAGCAAUCAUGUCGAAAGCGACCCGUUAUUUUUAGCUAGCACUGAGCUAGCUCAGCAGAAGCACCGAGGAAGCCUUCGCCUACUACUCGGUCGGGGUUUUUAGAAAAAUAAAAGACAGUAUUCAGAUGGAGAAUUUCCAAGAGGCGACCUCGAGGCAGGUCAAGCUCCUAACAAGCCGCUUGAAAGAGGCGUUGUCCAGCGGCCUAGAGCUUCUCCACUCGGAGCUCGGCGUGGAUCUGGGUCUGAAGCCGGAGCUGAUUCCGCCAUGGGUGAUCCUCUUAGCAGCGUGCAUCGGUCUGGUGCUCCUGGUGGCUCUGUGGGCCUCGGCCUGCGGCUUUCUCUUCAAGAGACGACCAGCCGCCGUGGACGGUGGCUAUGGAGUCAAACCCGACGGCAUCAAGCCUGCCGUCAAAACCGAGGAUCAGAAGAAGAAGAAGAAGAAGACUGAGAAGAAAGCCCAGGAGGCUCAGCCCAACGGGAGAGCGGUUCCUGAAGCCCUAGAGGAGGCCACAGUGUCAGAAGAGAUUGUGCCACAUCACCAGUCACCUCCACCGCAAGGCAAGACUGAAAGCGCCACAGAGGUAAAGAAGUCAAAGAAGAAGGCAAAACAGGUGGUCAAAGUGUCCAAGACGGCGACUGCUGACGGAAAAGAGCCAGAGGAAGGCACGUGGGAGACGAAGGUCAGCAACAAGGAGAAGCGUGAGCAGCGCAAGAAGGAAAAAACACCCAGCGACGGCUCCGCGAGUCCUGGAGGGGGCAACACCUCCAAUGGUUCCCCUCAGGAGCUCCCCAAGCCCGCCCCAGUCCAGGUCCCCGCAGCCCAGAAGAAGAAGAAGGGUGAAAUCACCAAAGUUAAAGUAGAGAAAGUCGAGGCUGUUGCUACUCAAGUAGUGAGAAGCAGCGAGCCGACCUCCAGCUCCACCAAGGCGGCUGUCAAUGCUCCAGCCCACACAGCUGCUCAGGCCCCUGGCCACUGGGCCGCCAAGCGAGAGCCUGCCACGCUCUGGGGAUCGGAGAUAGAUGGAUCAUGGACUGUGAUCGAAAGUGGUAUGAAGACGUCGGACCAAACUCAAGUGUCUUCUUUCUCUGGGCUAGGCGCUGCCGAACCUAUUCCUGACCAGCCCUGGGCCGGCCAGCCCAAGGUAGAAGACGAGUGGUCAGGCCAGAACGGCGGCACAGUGGACGCCAGCUCAGACUGGAACGCCCCCUCAGAGGUCUGGGGCAACUACGAAGAGCCGGCCCCUAGCCCCCCCGCAGCCCAGAAGGUGGCCCCACCUGAGCCCGCUAAGGUCCAUCUUCUAAUGGAGGCCGCUGAUGAUGAAGACGAUGACAAGGCCGACUCCAGCGGUAAAACUAAGAAGAGGAAGAAAAAGAAGAGGAAGGUGGCAGAGGAAGGAGGCCAGGGUAGCCAGGACUCUGAGGAGCCAGAGAAGGAGGUGGUCCAUGAGGCCCCAGUGAAGAAGCCGCAGCAGCCUGCCCAGGAGAAGGCUCCUGCUGUCCAGCCGGCGAAGACAGCUGCUGCUGCUACUGAGGCGAGAGUGGAGCGACCCGUGAAGGAGACCGUAUCCCAGAAGACCCCUGUCACACAAGUGCCACAGAAGCCAAGCGAAUCGGAGCCCACCGCUCAACAGAAAAAAAUUGAGGAGAGCCAGGCUCCCAAGCCGGUGAAGAAGAAGAAGGCAAGGCGAGAGACAUGAGAACGAGUCCACACUACGGUCUUCUGGGUGGAAGGAAAAGUCCCUGUAUUCUGUUUAUGCAACAAACAAAAAAACGCCACCUUUUUAUGAGCAGAACUUUGUACUAAAACUCUACAUGAUGGACUUUUCUCAGAAACAAAACUUAAAAAUCUGUACUUCAACCAGCACCGGCAAGGUUUGGUGGUUGGUUUGGAGCCUUCAGAACUAAACCGAGGUUGUGGCCCAGCAGCUAAUGUUAUCCUGAGCUAAUCCUGAUUUGAUGCGCUCAGAUUCUAGAGUCUUCUAAUUCCGGUGAAUCAAAACAUUUUGAAUGAUGAAGGAGUCGUACUGUAAUUAUAACAAAUGUAGAAAAUACUGAUCAUGUUUAGAUAACGCGCUGUUGCCGGAGGACAGCCGCGAACGUAACUAGGAAGAAAAUGAGAGAGAAAAACCGAGUGGUCGACAACACGCGUCAUGGAGAGACCACUCAAUUAGGUUGUACAUGCCCUUUGCUUUGCAGUCUUAUUAUUUUUACCGGUACAUUGACCACUUUCCUCUAAGAAAGCACCCUUCAGGUCAGGCAAAUGGCAUCUUUGAUGGGGCACCACCAAUUAGUUAUACAUACAUAUAACGGUUACACGUGAGUUUCGGCUGAAAUGUAUACAUUUUUAUCCAAAAAGAAAAGGUGGAGUGCAAAGGAACAUAUCACCUCUGGCAUUUCGAUCCGUGACUGUGUUAAAGGUGUCACCCGACUCCAUCCGUUGUGUGUGUGUCCUUCAUCUAAAUGUUGUGCCGCUGUGUGCUGAGACCUUGUUUCCUAUAGCCUUGGCAUUUUACUGCGUGUAAUCUUUGUGGCAGUGCCAUAUAGGUACUUCUGAUCAUAGAUGUACUACCGUGGCAUAGUCAUCUUCUCCAUAUCUGUCUGCCUGUGGUUCAUUCAAAAGUCUUUCACAACCUUUUGUAAAACCUCUUUGUAAUGAAAGAAAAGCAAAGCCAUAUGUAUAAAAAAACUAAA